AAAAAAACUAAUCAGAUGGACUAUGAGUCCACUCUGUUAAGACACUUUGCAUCAGUGUUUAUUUGCCUUUAUUGAGUAUAUGCUGCGCGGAUGAGAGAUUUACCGUUUUUUUCUGUGUGUGUGACGUACGAAAAAAAAGGAAAAUUUAACAGAGAAAAAAAGUUAAUUUUUUGCAAUUAGAAAAAUUUUAUUAUUCCAAUUAGAGGAAAAUUUAUUGGAAUUAUAGAAAACUAGCGAAAUAAGUGUGUAAUAUGAAAUAAAUGUAUGCAAAAGCAAAUAAAAUAAACGAACGGAAUUGCAUUAAAAACGUUAAUACAAAGCAAUAUACCUACAAAAAAAUAAAAUGUUAAAGAUUUUUAAGUGAAUUUUAAAAGAAGAAAAAUAAAAAACAAGCAAGAACAUCUGAAGAGAACAAAAACGAAAGAAAGCAACACUUCCCCAUCAUCCUCUUAGAAUAAAGGAAAGGAAUUCUGAAGGAAUUUUUUUACAAGCAGAAUAAGUGCAAAAGUGUAGCGAUAUGCCGUUAUUUGGCAAAAAGGAUUCGGCCAAAAAAAGUAAGGCCAAGGAAAUUAAGGAACUAAACAAAACCAUACCAAUAGAGGAUAAGUACAAUUUACACGGCCUACUGGGUACAGGGGCAUUUUCUGAGGUACGUUUGGCGGAGAGCAAAGACGAACCUGGUAAACACUAUGCGGUAAAAAUAAUCGAUAAAAAAGCGCUGAAGGGCAAAGAGGAAUCAUUAGAAAAUGAAAUACGUGUGUUGCGAAGAUUCAGUGCUAAUCAUCAGAAUGAUAGUGCCGCUUCAACAGAUUCCACUGGUAACAAUAGAUUAACACACCCGAAUAUAGUCCAACUAUAUGAAACGUAUGAAGAUAAAUCAAAAAUCUAUCUGGUCAUGGAACUGGUGACCGGAGGUGAACUAUUCGAUCGUAUAGUGGAAAAGGGUUCCUAUACCGAAAAGGAUGCCUCUGACUUGAUACGACAAAUUCUCGAAGCCGUCGACUAUAUGCACGAGCAGGGAGUUGUGCACAGGGACUUGAAGCCAGAAAAUUUACUUUUCUACAGUCCCGAUGAUGAUAGCAAGAUUAUGAUAAGUGAUUUUGGUCUCUCGAAAAUGGAAGAUUCCGGUAUAAUGGCCACAGCCUGUGGUACACCCGGCUAUGUGGCCCCCGAAGUUCUGGCACAAAAACCUUACGGCAAGGCAGUGGAUAUAUGGAGUAUAGGUGUCAUUUCGUACAUUCUCCUUUGCGGCUAUCCGCCAUUUUACGAUGAGAAUGAUGCCAAUCUCUUUGCCCAAAUCUUAAAGGGUGAAUUUGAAUUCGAUUCACCCUACUGGGAUGAUAUUAGUGAUUCGGCUAAGGAUUUCAUACGUCACUUAAUGUGUGUUAAUGUUGAGAAACGUUUUAACUGCAAACAAGCGCUAGCACAUCCUUGGAUCUCAGGCAAUGCUGCUGGCAAUAAGAAUAUCCAUGCUACGGUUUCAGAACAACUCAAAAAGAAUUUCGCCAAAUCCCGUUGGAAGCAGGCCUACUUGGCCGCCACCGUUAUACGACAAAUGCAACGUUUGGCCAUGGGCGAGGGUAGUAAAAGUAAUUUGUUAAAGGAUUCUAAAAACAACACUAGCAGUUCACAAACAACCACCGAAGGUGAUUCAACAACUAGUGCGAAUGCUGUUGGUGGAGCAGGAGGUGGAGGAGAGAGUAGUACUAAGCAAACGAUUAAUGAAAAUACGACGUCGCCAUCAUCAUCAUCGAAUGCUGCUGAGUUUCAAAACCAAAGAAUCUCAUCGCCUAGUUCUGCGGCCGCUGCAUCUUGCCUAAAUGGUAGUGAUCAGAGAAACAAAUAAAUAGUGGUAAAUGGUUUUUAAAAUGAACUAGAUUAAACUAACCCAAAAUAUAAAACAAAACAAAAAAAAAAAUAAUCUAAUUUCGAUAUGAACCAAAAAAAAGUGAUGCGAAAAAACAAAAAAAAAAUAGAAAAAUCAAAUCGAAUUAUUUUUUUUUUCUUUUUUCAUAAAUUGAAUACUGCACAUUAACAAAAAAUUAAAAAAAAAAUUAAUUAUAAAUAUAUAGUCGCAUUAAGGGCUUUCAAAACGUAAACAAAACGUAAAAAAUCAGAGUUAAAGAUUAUUUUUAAUUAAUUUUAUUGCUUAAAUUCUUUAAUUAAUUACUUAAGAUUAACAUUUUUUAUUAUGUAUAUUUUUAUAUAUUUUUCAGCCUUCAACUUUGUGAGAAGGGUAUUAAAUUUAUUUUUAAAGUUGUUAUUUUGGAAAAUUAUUUUGCAUACAAGAUUUUAAAAUUUUUUUGUUAAAUUUCUAAAGGGUGAAUCUGUGCUGGGAAAAUCAAAAUGUUUAGAGAUAGACUUUUUGGUAUCUUUCAUAUAUUAUUUUAACAAAAUUGAUAAUUGUUACUUUGAAGCAACAAUUACUUAAAUGGUCAACUUCUAAUGCUAGAAGUUCUUUUUCAAAAAAAGUCUGAUUGAUGUUAUUUAGUUUUUGCUUCGAAGACUUGGCAAAACAAUUUCAAUUUUGAACAAAAAUCAUAUUUACUUUAAAAAAAAUUUUAUUUUUUUUUAUUUUUUAAACAUUUGAAAUGAUUGCGUAAAUCCGCUUGAGAAAGAAAAUUUAGGAUUAUCUCUUAAUUCAGAAAGUUAAAGACAAUUUGUUGAUAAUUUCUAUUAAACAAAAUUUGAAAAUCUUCUACUACGAAAUAACAACUUUACUAGCUCAUUUUAAAAAUCUAAUUUAUAUUAUUUAUCUAUUUUUUAAACGAAUUUAUUUUUUAUACAUAUUUUAUAUUUACAACAAAGCUUUUCUCAUUCCCUACUUUCUACUUAGAUUGCCAGUCAACUUAAAUGUCUUAAUUAUUAAGAAAAAUCGUUUAAAAAUCCAUUAAUAUUUACAGCAAAAGUCAUAAUAUGAAUAUGAGUUAUAUACUAUUAGUUUUUUCUUAUCACCAAGUUUAAGUGUGAUUGUGCAAAUUUUUCUAAUAUUAAUAACUAAAUAAUAUUUAUAUUGUAUGUAUUUUUUUUUUGUUAAUAAUUUAUUAUACAAACGAAUUUAUAUUAUUACUAGUAUUUUUGGUAUAAGCUUAAUACUACCAUUGAUCUUUAACCCUGAUUUUAUAUGAAUAAAAAUUUUAACUAUUUGCAAAUUAAAACAAACAAAAAAACAAUUAAAACAAAAAAAAAAUUAUAUAAAAACGUAUAACAGAAAAAAAUAAUUAAAGAGAGCAGACAGACGCAUAUUUAAACCAUGACGAAAAGAAUUAUUAACAAAUAAACAAAACAAAAUAUAUAAAAUAAAAUACUGCACCUGCUUGUACUCUUACAUAUUUAAUAAUAUAACAACAACCUAUAAUUAUCUUUUUCUUACAUACAUUUAUAUAUAUA